AUGAAUAUCUUAUUAUCAAACUUUAUGUGUAAUAACAUAUCACUUUCAACAAUAAGAAAACAAGUUGAAUUAUUUUUAUUAAAGAAUAGAAUACAGGCUGACAAAAUUAAAUUGAAAAUUUUUAACAAACAAUACUAAUUCAAUAUAUUAUUAUUCUAAGGAUAAACUCAAUGA